AUGCGGACACGCCAUUUUGUCAAUGACCCCGUCCAGUUGGUCGCCGCGGCUCUCAAAUCUCACACCGUCAUCCGGCCUGAGUUGAGGCUCGACGCCGACAACCAGGUCCUGUACGCGCCGCGGAGGACAGGUCAGACGUCGAUCAUCUCGGGCGGCGGCUCUGGACACGAACCGUCCUUUACCGGCUUCGUGGGUGAAGGGUUCCUCUCGGCGAGCGUGGCGGGCGGAAUCUUCGCGUCCCCCUCGUCGCGGCAGGUGCUGGCGGCCAUCGAGAACGUUGAGCACUCGGAAGGCGUGCUGGUGACUGUCAUGAACUACACGGGGGACGUGCUGAACUUUGGGGUCGCCGUCGAGAAAGCACGGGCGAGGAACCCGGCCCUGCAGAUCGAGACCCUGGUGGUGGGCGACGACGUCUGCGUCCCUCGAAGUAGGAUUGGAAAGGUUGGCCGGCGGGGGAUCGCGGGCACGGUGCUCGUCCACAAGGUCACCGGAGCCAUGGCCGCGGCCGGCUACAAGCUGCGGGACGUGGCUCGAGUCGGGAGGCUCGUCGCCGCCAACCUGGCGAGCGCCGGCGUAAGCCUGAGUCGAGUCCAUGUGCCGGGACAUCCUCCUAGUCAGGAGGAGUCCGGCGAGAGCAGCGCCGAUCCAAUCGAACUGGGCAUGGGAAUUCACAACGAGGCCGGCUGUGACUGGAGGAGCGGCGUCGACGCCGAACUGCCGGCCGUUGUGCGCGCCAUCUUACGGCAACUACUGGAUGUCGGCGACACGGAACGGAAUUUCCUGCCAAACCCGACCAAAGAUGCCAUUCUCUUGGUGAACAAUCUCGGUGCUCUAAGCGUGUUGGAGUUAGGGGCCGUGGUGAGCGAGGUCGCGGAUCAACUACGACAGGACUACCAGAUACGACCCAUCCGCGUCUUCGCCGGGACCUUCAUGACUAGCUUGGACGGACCGGGAUUCUCCGUCAGCCUGCUCAACAACGUGGACACGGGCGUCGAGUCGAGCCUCGUUGCCCUCCUCGACGCGCCGAGCAACGUGAGCGGCUGGCACGCUUCCACGAGAGUGUCGGCCCCAAAAUCGACGCCGGAGGAGGCCGGGGCUUCGCCGACGUCGAGACAGGAGGCGACAACAGGGGACGAGCCAAAGAGCAACCUCAAGUGUGACAUGGGACAGACGACCCGUCGUCUCCGGGCCGGGUUGGAAGCCCUCGAGGCUGCCGAGCCCGACGUCACAAAGUACGACAGUGUCGUGGGGGAUGGAGAUUGCGGCACGACCCUUAAAUUGGGAGCAGAAGGCAUCUUACGGCAGAUCUCGAAGGCGCCGCCCCGAGACAUUGUUGACCUUCUCAUCCGAGCCACGGCCAGCGUCGAAGAGACCAUGCAAGGCACGUCGGGCGCUCUGUACGCCAUCUUCCUCAACAAGCUGACACACCACGUCCGCCUCCGCGUGCACGAGGCUGUCCCGGUGGACGUCGAAUUUUGGAUCGACGCUCUCGACUCGGCCCUCGCGGCGUUGACCCAAUACACGUCGGCCCGGCCGGGCGACCGGACCAUGAUGGACGCCCUGGUCCCUUUCAUCGCGGCUCUCCGCGAUACUCGGAGUCUCAAGGCGGCCAGUCAAGCGGCGCAGGAAGGAGCAGUGGCCACGAAAUCGAUGCGGCCGGCCUUUGGGCGGACCGUGUACAUUGGGAACGAAGACACCUGGAUGGGAGAGAUUCCGGACCCCGGAGCGUGGGGGCUGGCACAGUUUCUGCAAGGGCUGGCGAGCUAG